AAGACAUAUACCUGGAGGAAUUAGAAAACUCUCAAGUGCUUGCUGCCAACUGUAUUUUUUGUGUGUGUCAUCCAUCCAUCCAUCCAUGCAUCAAUUAAUUAAUUAAUUCAUUCAUUCAUUCAUUCAUUCAUUCAGUAACCAGUUUAUCCUGGACAGGUUAGAGAGAGGUUAGAGACCGGUCAGGUCAGUCCAGAGCCAGUCCAUGGCACACAAAACUGGAAAAAAAGAAAAAAAAACAUAAUAUAAUUUGUGUGUGUGUGUGUUGUUUAGUCAUCUUCCAUGUCGGAACAUCUGAUGCAGCUACAGCGGUGUAUGAAACAGCAUGAACCAGCCUCAGGCAAUCGAAGAGAUGGAUCCAAUUCCAUGACAGCCAUUUUGGCUCUAAUGACAGCGGUGCUUACCGAGUGUGACCUGCACUGCCACAGUCAGAGACUGAGAGACAUGGCUGGCAGGCUAGAGAGGGCAGCAGUGGGGAAAAAUGGAGAAAAAGACUUGCUGCUGUUGAUGAAGAGCAUCACGCAAUCUGGCCCACCACCAACACAAAGUGCUUUAACUGUGUCUCCAUCUGCAGGACUUUAUCCGCAGAAUUGCUACGAAAUCUUUCAGUUUGGGAUAAAAGAGAAUGGAAUUUACACCAUCCAGCCAGACCCUCAAAAACCAGCCCUGGAGGCUGUGUGUGAUAUGGAGUCUGCAGGAGGUGGAUGGACAGUGUUUCAGCGCCGAUUUGAUGGGCAAGUGGACUUUAAUCGGACUUGGCGGGAGUACCGAGAUGGCUUUGGUUCUUCACAAAAGGAGCACUGGUUAGGGAAUGCAGUUCUACAUGCUCUUACAGCCAGUGGGCAACACACACUCCGUAUCACUCUCCAAGACUGGCAUCAGCAAACCCGACAUGCCAUCUACAACAGCUUUAAAGUGGCAUCAGAGAACCAGAGGUUUCGUCUGACUGCGCAAAAUUACCAAGGAAAUGCUGGUAAUGCCCUCAGCUAUAGUAAGCACUACAACCAUGAUGGCAGAGCUUUCAGCACAUAUGAUCAUGAUCAUGAUCGCUAUGCAGCUGGCAACUGUGCUCAGUACUACGGUGCAGGCUGGUGGUUCGACUCCUGUUUCGCUGCCAAUUUGAAUGGACGUUACUAUAGCGGCCGCUACACUGGCAUCACAGAUGGCAUUUACUGGGGCACCUGGUUCAUCCUCACUGACUCUCGAACUGGGGAGAGGUACUCAUUUAAAAGUGUGGAGAUGAAAACACGACCCAGACAGCCCUGAAAUAAUCAUCCUCUUUACACACUCAUACAACAUACACAAAUUAUGCAAUGUUACUUUCAGUAUUUAUACAAAAGAAAUAUUUAUACAUUAAAA